AGUUUUCUCGGAAUUAAAUAAGAAAAAACCUGGCGACUUUUCAAAGAAAAGACACGUUUUACAUCGUGAUAGAUUAUAUCAUUAACAAACCGUGUACGGUAUGCAUUUAUGUUUGGUUUCGUUUACAAAGAAUAUCACAACGUUGAAUAUUCAUUUUACCAGGAAAACACCCGCUGUGUUUUUCCAGGAAUCGCAUAAAUUACGUGUCUAUAGUUUCAUUUCUCAAGUCGCACAUCGUGCGGAUAUGUGUGCAUGGCCUAAUUGGAAUAUAUCGAGAAUUUCUUGCCUAAAAUCGUGGUUUAGCAUGGCUGAGAAGGGCGAGGAUGAACACUUUGAUGAAAAGAAGACGGUCAAAGUCUCCGGAGUUUCGCAGCUGUUACGAGAUCUGAUUGAAAAGGAAUUUCAAACGGAGGGAAAUACCGCCAAGUUCAGUGACGACGUCUCAAAGUUGUAUGUCUGUCCGGGUGGACAAGACCAUGCUCUCGUUGAAUUUAGUAAAGAUAUACCCUCAAGAUCAAAAAUGGGUAAAAAGCUCAAGAUUGGCGGGACAGAACUGAAGGUGGAGCGAUGUAAGCCUCAGGCUACGCCAACCGAGAAUGUUGGACAUGAAGGUGUUUCAAAAAUCUGGUUACCAGAUGGGUCAUGGAUACCUGGUAGCCAAGUCAUCACACAUAAUGACGACAGUACGGAUAAAAAAGAUGACGCUGGUGGUACUGGGAAGAAGUUAUUUGGGAAAGAUGCCCGCCAUGAGCAGUUCAAUAACAAUCGUCAAGGGUUAAAUUUUAUAGCACCGUUCAGUGAAACAAAAGUGAAGCUUAAUGCUGGUUUUCAAGAAAAGGUUGAGAAACAAAAUUUUAAAGCAAUUUUGAAAGAAGAGAAAGUUAAGAUCGAAAGUGGGUAUUUAACUGGCCCCUGGAAUGCAGUGUAUGCCGCGGGGAGCAAGCUUGUUUCUUUGGUUUCAGGUUCUGGAGAAAAUAUUGAUCAAGGCGGCAAUGGAAGUUCUGAUCAAUCACCAAGGGAAAUGAAUUCCUCUCCCACAUCAUCCAACGAUACAGUGCAAAGUAAAGCACCGGACGAAUCAUUCUCUAUCAGUCGAUUGUCCCUUCGUCAUAUCAUGGAGUAUAAUUAUGAAAAGUUUCAAGAGCUUGAAAAUGUUAGUAAAGAAAUCAGUAUUGAAGUUAAGUCGAAGAUUGAUUGUAAUUUGAAGUUUUUCAUUGGCAAAGAUGUGAAUAAGGAGCUUUUUACGAAAACAGUGAAUAAAUUCAUUGACUUUUAUCAAUCACAACACCAAAAGAUGCACCAAGACGAUUUACAAAUACAAGGAAAGGACAAAAAAGACAUUAUUUCUGAGGCUCGCACCAAAUUUUCAGUUGUAAUCGACUGUCUUCAACCGAAUAAAAUGGUAAUCUACGGUGAGAAAGAUAAAGUCGAGGAAGCCAAACGUUUUUUGAAAAGUAAAAUUAGUGGUACCAAUCCUGAUAGUGACCGUUCAAGGAAGGAAACGCCGGUUUCUUUAACCGAAAUGCUCUCCUGUAAUUUACCCGGAAAUAUUAAAUUGUCAGUCUACCAAGGUGACUUGACGAAGGAAAACGUGGACGCAAUCGUGAAUCCAGCAAAUGAUCGCCUUCAGCACGGCGGUGGGGCGGCUGGAGCGAUAGUGGAGGCCGGAGGAAGAUCAAUUCAAGACGAAAGUGAUGCGAUAAUGAAGGAAAGAGGUAAACGACCUUUUUUCCCUGGGGAAGUAGCAAUCACAUUCGCUGGACGGCUUUCUUGUAAGUUUGUUGUUCACGCGGUUGGGCCAAUAUGGAGUCAACAUUCAUCAAAUACAGCUGUGCAUUAUUUAUACAAUGCUAUGUACAACAGUUUGUGUAUAGCAAACCAAAACGGUGCAAGAAGUAUUUCAAUCCCAGCAAUCGGUUCUGGUUUAUACAAGGUGCCUGUUGAUACCUGUGCCCGAGUUCUUUUUGAUGCAGUUUGGAAUUUUGCAAACGCUGCAGAGAAGUCGAUGUCUCCAUGUCCUCUACAGGAAAUUCAUUUUGUCAACAUCGAAUCUAAAACAAAUCGCACGUUUACACAAGAAAUAGAGAAACGAUUUCCCGGUUCCAUCAAACGUGAAAAGAUCGAAGUGACCCGCAAGAAAAGUGCCAAUGAUGAUGAAAGACAGCGAAUAAAUUUUACAGGCACUGCUAGCUGGCCUGGACCCAGUACCCCAGUACCGCGUGAUCAGGGCAAGAAGACCAUUUAUCAGGGCGGUAGUUAUACCCAUCAAAGUGGUGACAGUAGAAGUACAGGAGGACGUAGCUCUGCCGGAAGCGAACCACGAAAACUUCUCUCCUAUGCCGGGGCAGCUGCAGGUGGAACCCCCCCGAAAGAUGAUUCAAAUCCAGGCGAUGCUGAUAAUAAAACAUCAAAAGAUAACGAAUGUCCUAUUUGUUUAUCCGAUUUCAUAAAGAAGAAAACCCUGCAUAAAUGCGGUCAUUCGUUCUGUACCGAAUGCAUUGACAAGGCAUUUGAUGAUAAGAAGAGAUGUCCAGUUUGUGGCGAGGUUUACGGUCUUCUCACAGGCAACCAACCUCCAGGAAAGAUGUUUGUAAGUAAUACCUCGAUGAAGUUACCUGGAUAUGAAUCGUGUGGUGGUACCAUUACGAUCACUUACAAAUUUGAAAAUGGUGUUCAAGGAUCAGAACAUCCUACUCCUGGCAAGAGAUACUUUGGGAUAACUCGGACUGCAUAUCUGCCCGACAACAAAACUGGUAGAAAAGUUCUCGGGCUCCUGAAAAGAGCGUUUGACCAGAGAUUAACGUUCACAAUCGGUCGUUCGACGACAAGUGGAAUGGAAGGUGUCAUCACUUGGAAUGAUAUUCAUCACAAAACAAGCCUAUCAGGAGGACCAGCAAAGUUUGGUUACCCCGAUAAAGAUUACCUCAAGAGAGUUCUAGAUGAACUGGCAGCCAAGGGAAUUAAAGAAUGAACAACAUAAAGGAAGAAAUUAAAUUGAUAGCGUAGCAUGUAAAAGCAUAAUAACAUCUUCUGUUUGGUUAAAAGUAUAUAACGGUUAAAAAAUGUAACUUUGCUUGAGUUAAAUGGUCCGUAAAAUACUUUGAAACUUUGAACUGUAACGAAGUCGGAGUUCUCUUUAUUCCAUUAUGUAUUUUCAUUUGUUUCAUUAAUCUCUCUCCCAAUAUUUAGACGUCAAUACGCGUCAGAAAGCGUUAAGAUGAAUGGUUACUAAAUAACCUGAUUAAAAUAAGAGUAUGGUUUGUUAUAAAGUUACGUGGAAAUACUGACACGGUUACAACUAAGAUAUGGUUCGAAAGAACUUGUUCGAUAAUCAUACAAAACUAUACUGUCAGUAUUAUUCCUUUUGGUUUACAUCUGCAUGUGUACACAACGUCACCAGGGGCGGGUUGUUCGAAAGGCGUUUAGCUUAAACGUUUAGCUUAAGCCAAAGUUUAAACAUACUCUAAUAAAUCUUGUGAAAUACUGAACCUUAUGCAUUUAAUAUGUACUUCUAAUGACACUUAAACUAUUUACAUCGAAAUAUUUAAGC